AUGACUUCGCGGGAUAGCAGAAACUGGCCCCUACCGAGUAGUGUCACAAGUGCCACGACUGGGGACACUGACUCGGGAGAGAAGAGCAAUUAUAUAGUGGAAGAGGCAGCCGAGACGCAGGUCGUCGGCACUACAAGACUAUAUGAGAAUGGAGAGCUACGAUUUAUACCUAUGCCAACUCCAGAUCCCAAAGAUCCGUUGAAUCUCCCUACUUGGAGAAAGUGGUUUGCGAUUGGGACCUUAUGCUUCUUUGGCUCACUCGGACUCUCUGCCGAAAUAAUUAUCGGUUCACUUCUCCCCGUCUUCCUCCUCGAGUAUUCCGGAGUAGACCCACGAAUCCUGAACAAAAUCGAUUUCGUAGCGUCGAGCGGCGGCCAAAGUCUCAACGUUAAUCCGAUGUCCGUUGUACCACCAGGCGUCCAACCUGUGCCGAUUGGCAAGGUUGCACUACUGGCAACGAUUCCCUUCCUAGGAAACGGCAUCGCCAGUUAUUUCUUAGUCCCGCUCUCAAUAGCAAUAGGCCGCCGACCUGUUUUGCUCUUCGCUGCGAUAUGCGCCUGGGCCGGUGGACUAUGGGCAGGAUUCAGCACUUCGCUGGAGAUGCAUAUAGCGGCGAGGAGUGUCCAGGGCUUGGGCGUUGGCGCUGUCGAAGCUCUUAUUCCCCUUAUUGUGCAGGACAUGGUGUUCAUCCACCAACGUAACAGGGCAAUGUCGGUGGUGGUAUCAAGCCAGGGUAUCAUUAUCAUCGCCCUCGGGAUCGCUGCACCAUAUAUCGCGGCGAACUACACAUGGAGGUGGCUCUAUUUCAUCACUUCCGGACUGGGAAUACUGGCCUGGAUCCUAUUAAUUGUCGGCUUACCGGAGACGAGGUGGAAGCGAUCCAAGGAGGAGCUGAGCGGUGCCAGAGUAUAUCCCAUCCGCGAAGGAGAGAAGCGGCCAGAUCUCGACCCCGAUUAUUACGGCAGCAGAACGCUCUGGACCGAGUUCGGCUUGUUCCAGUUUGGUCUUGAUUUCAAGGGCGCAGGGCUGUCGAUGCUUAACACCGUCCGAACCACCUUCUUCCCGGCAGUUCUCUGGUGUGUGCUGGCGAACAGCGUUUUCGUCAUCACGAACCAAGCCACACAACAGAUUUCUUCUUUUGCCCUGCUUGCUCAGGGUUGGCAAUUCCAGUACACGGGACUAUCCGUCAUCCCCUUCUUCGCAGCUACUAUCAUGGUGUUCAUCCUCGGAGGGCCGGUUGCAGAUAAGGUAUCGAAUUCCGUGUCGAAAUGGAAUGGCGGCGCUCGGGAAGCCGAACAUCACCUGGCGAAUCUGAUAUUCCCCUUUGUCUCUGGGGUCGCGGGGUGUUUCAUUUUUGGCACUGCAGGCGACAACAAUUGGCAUUGGGGAGUUCUCCUGACGGGCUCAUUCCUAAUCAUCUUUGGUUUCUUGUCGACUAUGACGAUCCUGAACGUGUUCAUCGUUGAAUGUUAUCCAAUGUGGGCAGGACCCGUGCUAGUAAACGUCUCAUCCCUAAGAUUGAUAAUCGCAUUCUUCCUCGCGUCCCAGGCUACAGUCUGGAUAUCGCAGCGCGGUCUAUUGUCAACAUUCGCGAUCUACGCAGAGGCUAUGCUCGUCCUCUCUCUCGGCAUACCAGGGCUCUUCUUCUUCGGCAAGAGGAUCCGACAAUGGACGGCGGGUAAGGUGUACGGAAUCCGCGCCGAGAAGCGAAAGGAGACUGCGACGCCGUCUACUGUUUAA